AUGAUGGAAGACGGUCUGCAGAUGCUGCCACCGCAAGCGGCGGACCCCAUCUCGCGACCGAGCUCGACCUCCACGUCCGCAUCGGCAAACCUUCCUCAGUUGCCUGGCAUCGCCGCCCUGGCCGCCAGCAAUGCUGCCAACAACGCAACACCCGAAUCACCACAGCUCAGGGCAACGGCAGCACCGCAGACACCGAUGAACACGGGCAUAUCGCACGCCGCAACGAGUGGUGGAGGGGGAGGCAUGCCUGUCUGCCAGAACUGCACAACGUCGACGACGCCACUCUGGCGACGCGAUGAGUUUGGUUCCGUUCUGUGCAAUGCAUGCGGGCUCUUCCUCAAGUUGCACGGCCGUCCUCGCCCCAUUUCGCUGAAGACGGACGUUAUCAAGAGCCGCAACCGUGUCAAGACUAUCCGCCCGGACCUGGCUUCAAAGAAGAAGCAGCAACAACAGCAACAGCAACAGAAUGCCGCGACUGCCGCACAAGCGAUACAACGAUCGGCGCAGAAGAAUGCGAAUGGCACCGUCGAAGGCUCCGACUCCCCCGUGUCGCGCACCGGUACGCCGUCGAUGUACAACCAGGGCCUGCCGUCUUUCAUGGUCGACGACCCGUACCAGACCGGCUUCAACGGCUCGACUGGGGCAGAUGGCGGCGCCGGCUCUCCUAUGAACGGAGACCGGAGCCUCGACACGCCGCAGACUCACGAGCAGCUGAUAGCCCAUAACUCUAGCCUGAAGACAAGGGUUAGCGAACUUGAGGUCAUCAACGAACUCUUCCGUGGCCGUCUGAGCCAACUCGAGCAGCAAGAAGCGGCGGCGCGACGUGGCCAGGAAGUGGCCGGGGCAGAGCAGACACAGCUGCGCAGUCAGUUGGAGGCAGUGCAAGAGAGCGAGUCUCAGCUGCGCGCACAGCUCGAGGACAGCCACCGGCGCGAGAACAGUCUCAAACGGCGCCUCGACGAGCUGGAGCUGGAACUUAAGGAGGCGCAAGAUGCCGCCGCGACACAGUCAGACCGGCCCGCCAAGAGGCCCCGCCUUCAGGAUCUUGCUGAGGAACUUGACGAUGUUCCCAUCUCCGAAGAACUCGUGCCAGCCCCUGUGGCCGAGGACGAAGCUGCACCAACUACUGAGCCUGAGGCUGCCGCCCCUGAGCCAGAAGCUGCCUUGGAGCCGGAACUGUCGCCCGCCCCUGAGGCGGAGGUCCCGCAGGAACCCGAAGUCGAGCCAGAGACUGAGGCCGUUUCCGAGACACCGGCCGAGCCGUGA